CGCCGAAAAAGGCGCUUUUAAUGAGGGCAGAGACGAAUAUGAUGCUAAUGAGUCCAGAUAAGGAAGGGAAGCCUAAUACGUCAGGGAUUAAGCAGGUAGAUAUUGAGACAGGAAAGAUUGUUACGGAAUGGAAGUUUGAGAAGGACGGCACUGGUAUUACAAUGAGGGAUAUAACUAGUGAUUCAAAGGGAUCACAACUGGAUCCAUCCGAAUCUACCUUUUUGGGUUUGGAUGAUAACAGGCUGUGUCAAUGGGAUAUGAGAGAUAGGAAAGGGAUGGUGCAGAACAUAACAAGAACUGAUUCACCAGUGUUGAACUGGACACAGGGACAUCAAUUCUCUAGAGGGACUAAUUUUCAGUGCUUUGCAACGACUGGAGAUGGAUCAAUUGUUGUUGGAUCACUUGAUGGAAAGAUAAGGCUGUACUCAAAGACAUCUAUGAGGCAGGCUAAGACUGCUUUUCCUGGGCUUGGAUCACCAAUUACUCAUGUUGAUGUUACUUAUGAUGGGAAAUGGGUGCUUGGCACAACAGAUACAUAUCUGAUUCUUAUCUGCACUCUGUUCACGGAUAAAGAUGGAAAGACAAAGACAGGCUUCAGUGGGCGUAUGGGAAACAGGAUUCCUGCCCCGAGAUUGCUGAAGCUAACUCCAUUGGACUCACACUUGGCAGGGAAGGACAAUAAGUUUCAUGGUGGCCAUUUCUCGUGGGUGACCGAGAGCGGGAAACAAGAGCGCCAUCUUGUUGCAACAGUUGGCAAGUUCAGCGUAAUAUGGGACUUCCAGCGAGUGAAGAACAGCGGCCACGAGUGCUACCAGAAUCAGCAAGGACUCAAGAGCUGCUACUGUUAUAAGAUCGUCUUGAAGGAUGAAUCCAUCGUGGAAAGUCGUUUUAUGCACGAAAAAUAUGCAGUUAGCGACUCUCCUGAAGCUCCACUUGUGGUAGCAACCCCAAUGAAAGUCAGCUCUAUCAGUCUCUCCGGCAAGCGACGGUGAUGUCUUGUGGAAACAUUGGAAACAUCUUUGUUCAUAUUUUUCUGCUGUUACUGCUACAUUUGGAUCUCCAUAACCAUUUUCUUCAUAGUUUUUACCCUCUUCUUUUUCCUUGUAAAUUAGCAGGGCUUGACUUGGGCUUGUGCUUGUAAUUGUUUCAUUUUAUAUCACUUUCUAUAUAUACAUAUAGCUCUGUUUCUAUGUCUGUAUUCAUGUUUAAGUCAUGAUUCAAUGUAGUUUUAAUAAAAUGUGGGAUUUUUUUUUU